UACUUCUGUCUGUCAUUGUCUUGUCAACGAGUCGUGGCCGCGGGUGAUCUGCCAAAGUACCAAUUACAUUUCCAAAAAAAUCGCCCGUAACUACCUAAAACAAUGGGUUCCAAAUUGCAAGAGUACAAAGACACCUUAGAGCGCAGCUUAGUCGACAAAAGCAAACCGUGGACCAAAUAUUUCGACAAGGCUGAGCAGAGGACCGGCGUGAACAGAGUUUACCUAUUCGUUGGUUUGGUCGCGUUCACCGGUUUAUAUUUAGUGUUCGGUUUUGGAGCUGAGCUGAUAUGCAACACGAUUGGGUUCGUGUACCCAGCCUACAUGUCAAUGAAGGCGUUGGAGUCCCCUCAGAAGGAUGACGACACGAAAUGGUUGACGUACUGGGUGGUGUACGCAUGUUUCUCGGUCGUGGAGUACUUCUCAGACUUCAUUGUCGGCUGGUUCCCGCUCUACUGGUUAAUAAAGUGCAUCUUUGUCAUAUGGUGCUACCUGCCCACCGAGUACAACGGCUCCCUGGUGAUCUACUACCGUAUCAUCCGCCCGUACUACUUGAAGCACCAUGACCGCAUCGACAAUAUGGCCAACUCUGACGACACAUUGAAGGCCGUUGUAAAGGAAAUCAAGGAUGACAUCAAGCGGGAUGUCAUUGACAUUAAGAAAAAUGUCAGCAAAUUUCUGAAGGACCUUUAAAUGACCGUAAAGCAGACUAGAGCAAUAUUCAAAAUUGAAAAAAUUGCCACCCGCUUGGUAGCAGAUGCGGUUAGGAAGAACAACUAAGUAGUACGUCGUGACAUUUGGGGGCGAAAGUACAAAAUGGUUUUCAGCACCCGCUUUAGCUUUUAGCACAACACAGGCCUAAAAUUUUACAUUUGACGACCAUUUAUAUGACAUUUUACACCCAAAGGAGCCUGUAUUCUCCGAUGUUUGAUGCAAACUUGCCUUCAGUUUUGUCAAGUCAAUUAAUAAUUAGAAAAUUGACGCUUGUUGAUAUAAAACUUUCAAUUAGUUAUUUAUCAAUUUUUAGAAAGUUUAAUUGACUUAGAAUAAUCGAAAACAUUUGCCUGAUUUAUGGAAAUGCAAUUUUGAAAGUACCUACCCGUAUUUAUAACGAAAACCAUGUAUUAUUUUUAAUUAUUAAGUUGUUUUGUAUAAUCGUGACACAAUUUUACAUUUUUCUUUUUUAGUUCUAAAAUUUUAGUUGAAUCUUCUUUUUUUGGCUGGUAAGAUCUUUUAGGGAUUAGAAAUUAAGUAAAUGCUUCGGUUAGUUUUUUUAUUUCCCUAUUGUAAGAUCUCUUAGUGAAGCAAUGAAUUUCUAUGUUUAAUUUCCUUAAAGAUUUGCUCAAGGAGUGUUGUCACAGUAAUGUUGUUUUAAGUUUUUUCCUAAGAUUGCAUAAUUGUUAGUUUUUAAACACGUGUUACCCUAAAAAUCCCCAAUGUUGCCAGAACUUUCAUAGUUUUAUUACCAUUUUUAUACUGUUGAAAGCCAAAGAGCUUUCGCAUGGCCCUAAUGAGGAAUUUUGCCACAUUUUGCUUGUAUUUUAAACAAAGUUACCGAUGUUACGUGCCUUUGAUGUUUUGGCUGUCCGCGUAAAUAUUUGUACUCAUUGAAGGAAUUUUUACCUUGUAAUUUUUUCACAUAAUAAAAGGAAUUCAUUGUAUAA